AUGGAGGAUCUUCUGUUCCUAGGACAGCAGGUACUGAAGAUUUUCUUCCACACCAUAACUCCCAAAGCUAUAAAAGUGCGGGUUUGUGUGUAGCCUGCAUCUCCCUUCUGCUCCACCUCUGAGAAGCAGAGCAAGGGAAUGGGGCAGAGUGUUUCAGGGCUGCAAUUUCUGAGCGUGGAGAAGUUGCUGUGUUGUCUUCUCUUCAGCCAGAGGAGGUCAAGUCAGUCACUGAUUCAGUCCCUUGUAAGGAGUCACUUCACAGGUCAGUCAGCAAUGGCUGCAGCAGAAAUUCCCAGUUACAUUGUCUCUUCUCAGACUGAGAAACACAGGAGGGCCAGAAACUGGACUGAUGCAGAAAUGAGAGGUUUAAUGCUGGUUUGGGAAGAAUUUUUUGAUGAGCUGAAACAAACUAAAAGGAAUGCCAAAGUUUAUGAGAAAAUGGCUAACAAACUCUUUGAAAUGACUGGAGAAAUUCGCCACGGAGAGGAAAUAAAGAUAAAAAUUACAAAUAUGACAUUCCAGUACAGGAAAUUAAAAUGCAUGACUGACAGUGAAACUGUUGCACCUGACUGGCCUUACUACAAAACCAUUGAUAGGAUCUUAUCCAAAGUGACAGACCACAGCGAUGUGAAAAUGCAUGAAAAUCAGCAACCAGGUCCUUCUACAUCACAGACGGAGGCCUCGCAGUCUCCAUCAGCUAAGUCGACACCUCUGUAUUUGCCAUAUAACCAGUUUACAUAUGAAGGAAGGGAAGAGUGCUUUGAAGAUGAACAUUCAGAGAGCUCGUCAAGCUUACUCUCUUACAAGCUGAGAGCUGAAGAAAGACCAGUUAAGAAAAGAAAAAUGCAAAGCUGCAGCUUCCAAAAGAAGAAGCUAAAAUUAAUGGAGGCCAUGUUGGAAGAACAAAAGAAGUUGAGUAGAGCUAUGGAAGAAACCUGUAGAGAAGUGCGCAGGAUUCUGGAUCAGCAAAACAUCAUUCAAGUUCAAAGCUUACAGUUACAGGAGAGAAUGAUGAAUCUACUGGAGAAAAUGAUCUCCAAAUCUAAUGUGUAG